AUGACUGUAUUGCACGCACCGCACUGUGGGCAACUCGCGAUGUCCGAUGCCCAACUAGGAGACAGGAAGACUCUCUGUCCGGUUAUCACAAAGCAGUCGAUAUUGUUCGUAAAUGAGUCAGAUGUCUUCGAACGGGGUGAAUCACUGGCAAUGGAUCUUCUGUUGGGUUGCGUUCGCGAAAUGCAUUCCUUGGACGAGGUUAUCUGGGCCUCAAAUCCUGUUCCCCCGGGCCACCUCAUGGAAGCAUUUGCUGCCCAAAACAUAACUGCCUUUACUUGCGAUGGCGAUCCGCGUGUUACAAAACUUUCUUGCCCUCUUGAUGUCCUGAAACUGGACCUUCUAUCACAAUGUCCUCUCCGGUCACUUUCCAUCAAGGCCAGUACGGAACCCGAACUUCUAGGCCUGAGAGACGCCAUUUUCACCCACCGGAAGAGUCUGGAGUCGUUGGCGCUCCGCUUCGGUGAUUGGGCAACAUGGCACGGUUACUUGGUUUUCCGAACUGGCUAUCCAGACUGUGCGCCAAAAAGCGUGUUGGAAGGCGAAGGAGAUCCAACUUUCGUGCUUUUUGAACCAUUCGUGCAGGCCUCGGAAAAGCUUUGUUUACAGUCGUUUGACCUGCUUGUGGACGUCGGGUGUCUGAAACAUCUUCAAAUCUCCCGACGUCACAUUUACAGGACUGUUCAGGGAACUCUGCUUGGGGAGUGGCAGGAUUAUCACUCGCUUGAAUCACUCGCUUUUGAGGGUAAACCUCUUCCGAAUCGUGCAGGUUCCCAGGAUUCCCAGGAUUCCUGGGACGAGAUAGCAGCUCGAUUGACCUCCCUAAGCGUAGACCAGUUUAUUCCCCAUCUGGGACGCAAUUUCAGUUCGCUUCGGAUGCUCGCCAUGACCAUGCCCCUUUCGCCUUCUCAUCUACCCAUCCCUGAACUCAAGGCUGUCUGUCCGCUUCUUGAGCAGCUGGCUUAUGUCCAGCCCCCUGGUUUAUUUACACGGGACCUUCCCGAUCUAGAAGGCAUGCCACACCUUCGCAGGAUCUAUGCCAUGGUAAACCUCAAAUCCUCCAUCGUAAUGGAUUACUUUGCCCGCUUCAUGGAAUACUGCUGCAAGACCGAGUCUCCUCUUCUCGAUCGCCUUGACCGAUUUGCGGGUGGCGUCACCGUAUGUGACAUUGUGUCGGUGCGUCAACUCGAGUGGAGCCUUCGCCUGCCGCUCAAUGUCCAAGAAGCAGAAGCGGAAGCAGUGCACGAAAACGAAAACGCCGGAACGGAGCCCUUAUAUCCCCCUGUUGCCCAGGGAUGA